CGGGCGCCUGGGGCGGGGCGUUGGGCGGCAGCCGCGGGCGCCUAGUCCGCCGGUGGGGGGCUGUGUGGGUCCGCCGCCAGGUCGGCGGGGCGGAGGCGCCGGGUUGAUGGGUGUCGCCUGAUCUCAGCCUCAGUUUAUCGUGCAGCUGCAGUCACAGCAACGGAGAUGGUGUCCUGGGUGCGUGCGAUGGGGAAGAAGCUGAAGCAGAGGCUGCGGCUGGACGUGGGACGCGAAGUCUGCCGCCAAUAUCCGCUGUUUUGCUUCCUGCUGCUCUGCCUGAGCGUCGCCUCCCUGCUCCUCAACAGGUAUCUUCAUGUUUUAAUGAUCUUCUGGUCAUUUGUUGCUGGGGUUGUCACAUUCUACUGCUCAUUAGGACCUGAUUCUCUCUUACCAAAUAUAUUCUUCACAAUGAAAUAUAAACCCAAGUUAGGACUCCAAGAAUUAUUUCCUCAAGGUCGUAGCUGUGCUGUUUGUGGUAAAGUGAAAUGUAAACGACAUAGGCCUGCCUUGUUACUUGAAAACUACCAGCCAUGGCUAGACCUGAAAAUUUCUUCCAAGGUUGAUGCAUCUCUCUCAGAGGUUCUUGAAUUAGUGUUGGAAAACUUUGUUUAUCCGUGGUACAGGGAUAUAACAGAUGAUGAGUCCUUUGUUGAUGAACUGAGAAUUACAUUACGGUUUUUUGCAUCUGUCUUGAUUCGAAGGAUUCACAAGGUGGAUAUCCCAUCUGUUAUAACCAAGAAACUAUUAAAAGCAGCAAUGAAGCAUAUAGAAGUGAUAGUUAAAGCCAGUCAGAAAGUAGAAAAUACAGAGUUUUUACAGCAAGCUGCUUUAGAAGAAUAUGGUCCAGAACUUCAUGUGGCUUUGAGGAGUCGAAGAGAUGAAUUACACUAUUUAAGGAAACUUACUGAACUGCUUUUUCCUUAUAUUUUGCCUCCUAAAGCAACAGACUGCAGAUCCCUGACCUUACUUUUAAGAGAGAUCCUGUCUGGCUCAGUGUUCCUUCCUUCUUUGGAUUUUCUAGCUGAUCCAGAUACUGUGAAUCACUUGCUUAUAAUCUUCAUAGAUGACAGUCCACCUGAAAAAGCAACUGAACCACCAUCCCCUUUGGUUCCAUUCUUGCAAAAGUUCGCAGAACCUAGAAAUAAAAAGCCAUCUGUGCUGAAGUUAGAAUUGAAGCAAAUCCGAGAGCAACAAGAUCUCUUAUUUCGUUUUAUGAACUUUCUGAAACAGGAAGGAGCAGUGCAUGUGUUGCAAAUUUGUCUGACUGUGGAGGAAUUCAAUGAUAGAAUUUUGCGACCAGAGUUAUCAAAUGAUGAAAUGCAAUCUCUUCAUGAAGAAUUGCAGAAGAUUUAUAAAACAUAUUGUUUGGAUGAAAGUAUUGACAAAAUUCGAUUUGAUCCCUUCAUUGUAGAAGAGAUUCAAAAAAUUGCUGAAGGCCCAUAUAUAGAUGUUGUGAAACUUCAAACUAUGAGAUGUCUUUUUGAAGCAUAUGAACAUGUACUUUCUCUCUUGGAGAAUGUUUUUACUCCUAUGUUCUGCCACAGUGAUGAGUAUUUCAGACAACUUUUAAGAGGUGCAGAAUCACCAACCCGCAAUUCAAAAUUCAACAGAGGUAGCCUAAGUUUGGACGAUUUUCGGAGCACACAGAAAAGAGGAGAGUCAUUUGGAAUCAGCAGAAUAGGUAGCAAAAUUAAAGGAGUAUUCAAGAGCACCACAAUGGAGGGAGCUAUGUUGCCCAAUUAUGGUUUAGCUGAAGGUGAAGAUGACUUUAUUGAAGAAGGGAUUGUUGUAAUGGAAGAUGACUCUCCAGUGGAAGCUGUGAGCACACCUAAUACUCCCCGAAACCUUGCUGCAUGGAAAAUUAGCAUCCCGUAUGUAGACUUUUUUGAAGAUUCCUCCUCUGAAAGGAAGGAGAAAAAGGAGAGAAUACCUGUGUUUUGUAUUGAUGUUGAAAGAAAUGAUAGACGAGCAGUUGGGCAUGAGCCUGAACAUUGGUCUGUCUAUAGAAGAUAUCUUGAGUUCUAUGUACUUGAAUCAAAACUAACAGAGUUUCAUGGUAAUAUGAGGGACAUAGCUAUGAAGUAUCUGCAGUCAUUUUGUAUGUUGGUUAGUGAAAACGAUUUGUGUAUUCUGAAACUUUAUUUUAGAACAACUCUAUGGAGUGGUCCUGAUCUAAAUUCAGGCACAUUUCCUGAUGCCCAGCUUCCUUCCAAGAGGAUCAUUGGUCCCAAAAAUUAUGAAUUCUUGAAGUCAAAGAGAGAAGAGUUUCAGGAAUAUCUACAGAAACUUCUGCAGCACCCAGAACUGAGUAAUAGUCAACUUCUGGCAGAUUUUCUCUCUCCCAAUGGUGGAGAAACACAGUUCCUUGAUAAGAUACUACCAGAUGUAAAUCUUGGGAAAAUUAUAAAAUCUGUUCCUGGGAAACUAAUGAAAGAGAAAGGUCAGCAUUUGGAAACUUUCAUCAUGAAUUUCUUUAAUUCUUGUGAAUCUCCAAAGCCUAAACCAAGUAAACCAGAACUGACCAUUCUCAGCCCCACUUCAGAAAACAACAAGAAGCUUUUCAGUGAUCUAUUUAAGAAUAAUGCAAACCGUGCUGAGAAUACAGAAAGAAAGCAAAAUCAGAAUUAUUUUAUGGAGAUGAUGACUGUAGAAGGUGUCUAUGAUUACCUGAUGUACGUAGGACGGGUGGUUUUCCAAGUUCCUGACUGGCUUCAUCAUCUCUUAAUGGGAACACGAAUUCUCUUUAAAAACACCCUGGAAAUGUAUACGGAUUACUAUCUUCAUUGUAAGCUAGAACAGCUAUUUCAGGAGCACCGUUUGGUCUCACUCAUAACACUUCUCAGAGAUGCUGUAUUCUGUGAAAACACUGAACCUCGCUCUCUCCAAGACAAGCAAAAACGAGCUAAACGGACUUUUGAAGAAAUGAUGAAUUACAUCCCAGAUCUGAUAGUCAAGUGUAUUGGUGAAGAAGCCAGGUAUGAAAGCAUCAGACUUCUAUUUGAUGGCUUACAGCAGCCAAUUCUCAACAAGCAGCUGACUUAUGUUUUAUUGGACAUUGUGAUACAAGAACUAUUUCCAGAGCUCAAUAAGGUACAAAAGGAAGUUACCUCUGUGACAUCCUGGAUGUAAACAUUUGGAUUUGGGAUAGAAUAACCAGCUGUAAUUUCUGCUUUGCUAGUGUAGUAUAUAUGUACUUAUUUCUUUUACUUUUGUAUAGUCUUGUACAUAUCAUGUAAUUCUAUGUCUGAAAUUAUGAUUUUUUUUGUUUUAAUAAAGACUAACACAAACUUAAUAAUGAUUAAAAGUGAUUGGGUUUCAUAGCCUUUCAUUUUAUAUCUGUUCCCCAAAUUUUAUUAGAACAUAUAUCAUUCGUUAAUUGUUUUUUUUUAAAGAGAUAAUCCAUAAUCCCCUUUGGGCAAAUAGAUAAGACUGAUAACCUUUUUAUUUAUAUCACUUAGAAAAUAGUUAUGGUUAGUGUGGAGAAACAGCAGUAAGAUCUGAUUUGCUUUCAUAUUUAGAGUUAAUACAUGUUAGUAGAAUUUUACCCCUCCCCCCUUUUUUCAUUUUCUACAUAGUUAACUGUGCAUCUAUAAAGAAGGCAUUGUUCAUCAGUUUUUCAUAACGAACAAGGGACUUCUUAUUUUUGCUGGAGUAUUGACAGGUUAUAGUCCUUUUGGGUGUGAAAACGAGUACAGAUAUUUGUGAUUGUUCAGUUGCAACUACAUUUUACUGAAUGCAUGUAACUAUAUUUCAAAAGCAUACAUAAACAGUUUAGUCAACUUGAGUUUUGGUUUGUGUUGUGUGUUGUUUCUCCAAAAGAAAAAUAUGGAAUGAACUCUCUUCCUUAAAGAAAGUAAAUUUAAGUGGCUGUUUUUAAAGAUUGAAUGUUUAGAAUUCUACUUACAGUUCCUUGCUGUAUUGUGCUUUUCUCCUUGAAACAAAUAUGGCUUUGAAGACUCAGCAUUUUGUUUGACUUUUGGAGUGUUCAUUCAGAAUAUAGUUAUGAGUUUCAACCGUGUAUUAGGCACUAAACUGGGUAAUGGAGAUCUUAAUACAGUUUGGAAAACUAACCCAUUUAGUGAUGCUGUUCACUUAUUUUUUUGCAAGGUUUUAAAAAGUCCUUGGGUGUUUUAGAAGGUUUUUUUAGUAGUUCUAUUUUUAAUUCCUUGAAAAUUCUAGAAUAUGUAUAAGUUUCUGUGAAUCAAUGCUUUAAUACUAAGCCCUAAAAAUUUACUAAUUUCUUAGGGACAGGUGGAAAAUUAACAAGGCUAACUCUUCACAUUUAAAUCCAUAGCAUUUUGAACAUUAUUAUUUAAAAUGUCAUGGUGGACUGGAAAAAUAAAGUAUUUUAAAGCCUUUUUAAUGCCAUCUCACCUAACUGGAGGGAUAAAAUGAAAUUAGAUAGAAAGACACUUUGAAAUUUAUAAGGGACAUUAUAUGAUUGUGUUAUAAGUACAAUAGUUUCAGAUACCAGAAGAUUCUGAGAAAUGGUUGAAGGCAAGCACUUUAAUUAUCAUUUAUUGACUUAGUAAAAUUCAUUAGAUUUUAUAAUAGAAGUUAUAAACAGAGGUCUGAUUUGCCACAGUUCUUAGACUGUAUAAUGAUAUAUACAGAAGUUGUAAUUUCAGAUAUUGUCAACAUUAGAAUAAAAAUGACUGACUCAA